GGCUGUUAAUCUUAAUCUAACUGUGAGCAUCGAUGAGGAAACGCGACCCCACCUCCCGAGUGGUAAACAAGACCGCCUGGCUCCUCCGGGGUUAGGACAGCAGCAGAAUGACAGAGGAUGCCGUUCUGCUGGAUGUACCAGUGAUCCGGCAGCUGUACCACUGGGACUGCGGCUUAGCCUGCUCCAGGAUGGUCCUGAAGUACCUGCACCCUGUGAGCGACGAGGACUUUCAGAGAGCAUGCUGGGAGCUGAAGCUGACGGAGAGCGUGUGGACCAUCGACCUGGCCUACCUCAUGUUUCAUCUAGGAGUCAGACACUGCUUCUGCACUCAGACUCUUGGUGUGGAUAAAGGCUUUAAAAACCAGUCCUUUUACAAGAAGCAUUUUGACACAGAGGAGGACCGAGUGAACAAGCUCUUCCUUAAUGCAGACAGUAAAGGUGUGGUGGUGAAGAAAUGUUCGGUGACGGUUCAGGAAAUCCAGUCUCACCUGGAGCAGGGCCACGUGGCCGUAGUGCUGGUCAACGCUGUGGUCCUGACGUGUGAGCUGUGCUCCUCGCCGGUCAAAUACUGCUGCUUCCUGCCUGUGGGACAGAAGUGUUUCUGCAGGAAGCCGGAGUACCAGGGCCACUUUGUGGUUGUGUGUGGCUUCAACCCGACCACUGACUGCAUAUUCUACAACAACCCUGCAUAUUCUGACCGCGUGUGCUGCACCAGCGUCAGUAACUUUGAGGAGGCCAGGCGGAGCUACGGGACCGACGAGGACAUCCUCUUCGUUUACAAGGAGAGUUGAUGGGCAGCCGGGAA